AUGCGAACCAGGAGUAUUUCUUCUCGUCGCUUGCAUCGUCUUCGCCCUUCAGAUAACAGCUCCGUCAGGUCCAGCUCCUCGCGUCGCUCGGUGAUUCUUCUCGGUUAUAUCCAGCUCAUCCAGUCGAUCCAGUCCAGGUCUUCAAUUGCUCCGGUCGAAGAGUUGCUGAGUUGCUGUGCCUCUGGGUUUCGCGAACACAGGUCCUAUCGCCGGCGACGAUUGAUUGCAUAG